GGAUCCAGAGAAAGGGGAUUACUCUUUAAUUAUGAGAAAUGGAAAAGAAGGACAGUAUACAUGUGAAGCACAUGGGAAAAUAAAAACUACUAAUCUUAACUUGUGGAGUGUAAAAGGACCUUCAGAUGAAUACCUCCUGGAGGGUGACAUUACACAACUGGAACUGUCUUCCUUGGACAUGUCUACCCCGGUUGAGUGGUUUGGCCCCAACAAGUCAAAAAUAACCGAUAAAAAAGCGCGAUGGACUCUACAAAAUAAAGAUCGGAGGCUGCAGAUAAAGGACCUUAACGCUCAGGAGGACCAAGGGACCUGGGAAUGUAUCAUUAGUCGUAGUGGGCUUCGCAUCACCCAUGAUGUCAAAGUGAUAGGUUUUGUUAAUUCACUGGAUGUAGAUACAAGGUAUGCGGCUGUUAAUAGCACAGUUGUCCUGUCAUGUGAAUUGAACAUUAACUUCCAAGAGAUUCCAAAGAACAUCCUAAGAAGCCCAGUUUUGAGGUGGAUGAAUGAUAACAAGACCAUUAUGGAGGUUGACUUAAACAAUUUCAACAGUUCCUUGCUUCAGCAAAAGAUAGACAAGGUCCAGUUUGAGCAUGCUGGAGAGCACAAGUGCAGUAUUGAAUUUACAUGGAGGAAUUUGAGUAAGACCAUCCACUUGGUAGUGAUGAAAGUUUCUGCUGACCGCCCUAGACUUGAUUCCAAAGAAAAUGUGACCCUCUGCUGUCAUGUCUCUGCUCCUGAUCUUUCUAAGUCUCAGUUGUGCUGGAAUAAUAAGCAUGGCUCACCCAAAUGUGAAACUCACCUUCCAGAGGGCAAAUUUUGUUAUGGGACUAGAAGUGCAGGGGAGUGGAAGUGCAGCCUCAUGGUGCAGGACAAAGAGAAGCUCAGUAUGAUCUACUUUGUGGAUGAUGGCUCAGCUGCUAUGCUGAAUUCAUUCCCACUGACUUACAUAGCCAUUGGAGCUGGUGUGAUGUUGCUGCUGUUGAUCAUCAUAGGCGUGUGUGUGUUCAGUUCCAAAACAGUUAAACAGAAAAGGCAAAGAGCAAGGAGGAUGGCUCAGGCCAGGCAGCACUUGCUUGAAAAGAAGACUUGUCAGUGUCAUAAGGAGCUGACAAAUGAUUACUACCAUGCUUGAGACAAGAGGGCGCUUGUAGGCUGUCACUGUUUUGCAGGUGGGAUUCAGUGGCAUACCAGAAAAUUUAGGUUGCCCAGUUAAAAGUGGAUUUGGGCCUUUGUGCAACAAAUCCUCUUUUUAAAAAUUUGGACUUUUUGCAGAAAGGAAAGUGAUGCACUGGAAUGCGACACACUGGAAUGUAUAGGGUAACAAUUGCUUGGCUUGAAAUUGUAUAGCCCCCGUGCAAACCGAUCAGAAUGAAUACUGGAAAAAAUUGCCAACACCAUGCAACCAAAUCUGGGUGGAAACAUUUCAUCUGGAAGCAACAAGAAAGGCAAAUGUGCCAUUGACACCCAUUCCAUGCUAGAGUGCUAUUGCCUUCAUUGGGUUGUUGUUUUUCAAUGCCUUGCUUUGUUCUUUUUCUCCUUUGUUCCAUAUCUCAGCAUGCACUCCUGCCACAGCUCCAGGUCCAAGACACACAUGCCAAAUGUCAUGUUUAGAUUAACUUGUUGUAAUGUUCUCCUAAAUGAUUAUUAACAUCACAGACAGAUACAUAAAGUGAAAGGCUUCAGAUAUGUUCAGCUGAUCCUCACCAACACUGCCAUUCAAAAUUCCUAGGUGUGUGCAGGCAAACAUUAUACAUAUUAGUUAGAAUUGCUCACAAAUCUUGGAGUUUCACCCCCCCCCUAAUUUUGUUAAGAAAAAAAUCAUGAACUG